ACGUGCACAUGCGUCUCAUCAUCACUACCGUAGCCACGAAGCCUAGCCCUCGACUCCAUUGAUUUUGCUAGGACCGCAAACAGUCGUUGUGGGCUGUCCAUUUUUCUCACCCGUCUCCAAAUUUUGCCUCUCUUUCCUCUUUCUGCGGUGCUACAUUCCCACCAAGCUGAGCGCCAGGCAUAUUGGACGCACGCUGAUGGCGGUCACUAUCGAGGAUCUCUAUCGAAGCUACGGGGUCCUUGCUGAUGCCAAGGACGACGUCAGUCAGCACAAAGAUGCCUACCAAGUCAUCCUUGAUGGAGUGAAAGGCGGGCCCAAAGAGAAGCGACUGGCAGCCCAGUUUAUCCCUAAGUUCUUCAGCAGCUUCCCGGAGUUGGCGGACGCAGCCAUCAACGCCCAGCUUGAUCUCUGCGAAGAUGAUGACGUAUCGAUCCGGCGGCAGGCUAUCAAGGAGCUCCCACGGUUUGCAACUGGUGACAACAUACUCAAAGUCGCAGAUAUUCUCACACAGCUCCUCCAGACAGAUGACACUGCUGAAUUCAACCAAGUGAACGUUUCGCUCAUUUCCAUCUUCAAGAUUGACGCAAAGGGCACUCUUUGCGGCCUCUUCUCACAGAUUCUUCAAGGGGAAGACAUUGUGCGGGAGAGGGCCAUCAAAUUUCUAUCCACCAAACUCAAGACCCUACCUGAGGACGUCAUGACAAAGGAAGUUGAGGAGUAUGUCUUUGCAGAAACUAAGAAGGUGCUGGAGGAUGUGACGGGUGAGGAGUUUGUCCUGCUGAUGCGCUUGGUGUCAGGCCUGCGCGUGUUGCAGACGGUAAGCGGGCGUCAGCAACUGGUGGAGCUGGUGGUGGAGCAGGCCUUCCUCGAGCAGGCGCUCAACCCAGCCGACCCCGACACAGUGGACCGCUUGCUUCAAUGUACACGCCAGGCACUCCCCCUCUUCUCUAAAAAUGUCCAUUCCACACGUUUUGUAACCUACUUUUGUGAGCACGUCCUUCCCAACCUCAGCACGCUGACGACUCCUGUGGCUGAGCUGGACAUCCAACUUGAGGUCCUAAAGCUGCUGGCAGAGAUGAGUCCGUUCUGCGGUGACAUGGACAAGCUGGAGACCAACCUCAACAUACUCUUUACAAAGCUUUUGGAGUACAUGCCUCUUCCACCAGAAGAGGUGGAAAACGGCGAGCAGCCAGCCAGCGAGGAACCCAAGCUGCAGUUCAGCUACGUGGAGUGUCUGCUAUUCAGCUUCCACCAGCUUGGCAAGAAGCUGCCCGACUUCCUCAUUGACAAAGUGGAUGCCGAGCGCCUCAAAGACUUCAAGAUCAGGUUACAGUAUUUUGCCAGAGGUCUACAGGUGUACAUCAGACAGCUGCGAGUGGCUCUGCAGGGAAAGACCGGAGAAGCGUUAAAGACAGAUGAGAACAAAAUCAAGGUGGUGGCCCUCAAGAUCACAAACAACAUCAAUGUCCUCAUCAAGGAUCUCUUCCACAACCCUCCGUCGUUCAAGAGCGCUAUCACGCUGUCUUGGAAGCCUGUCCAGAAAACUGAGGCGGCAGCUGUGGGUGUCAAGCGUCCAUCCAGUGAGGACACAGGCUCGGGAGCCAGCCUGAAAAAGCAAAUUGUCCCGCAGCCUCGGCGGGACGCCCGGCAAAUCUACAACCCACCCAGUGGCAAAUACAGUUCCUCCCUAGGGAACUUGAACUACGAACAGCGUGGAGGCUUCAGGGGCGGAAGGGGACGGGGCUUCGGCACCAGAGGCAACAGAAGCCGAGGGCGGAUCUACUGAGGCGGGUCACGAGUGUAUGGGAAGGGGGUGGAGUAUGGGAAGGGUCGCUUUAUGUACUGCAUUACAUUGGUAUAUUUACCGUCAACCUGAACGGACGAUGUACCACUAGUACUAUACCGCUUCCAUUAAAAACAAAAACAACUUAGUGUUUAUAUUUUUCACCCCUGUAGUCAUAAUGGACUUUUUCUAUCCAGACCAACUUGAAGCCAAGGCCCGUAGCGUUAGUUCCUCACUUUUGUUGUUUUCUUCAAUGACGUUUAUCCUUGUGGAACAAAAAGACUGCAGAGUUGUGACAAACAAAUAGUUUUGGUCCUGUUGGAUGUUUUUCAAAAUAUUAUAAAAAAAAAAGCUCUUGAGGUUUUUUUUUUGUCUUUUUUUUUUUUAUUUGUUGUUGGAAUGCAUUGGUUUUUAUCUUUUAAUUUAAUGUUUUCACCUUUUUUUGUAUAAAAAUUUGUUUUUCAGUUUGAAUUAGCAGAUUGUUACAACUUUGUAUGGAUCGCUGAUAUUGUCUGAUUUUUAUCAUAAAUCUGUAUGGAAGUAUUAA